AUGCGAACGAAGGGUUCCAGUUCGAAAUUCGAAAGCGGUCAUGUCAUCGCCUCUCGGAUUUCGUAUAAGUCACCGUCCAAUGUCAAAAUCGUGCACGUCCCGCGAGCGCCGACCCUCCGGAUCGUGCGGAAAAUGCAAUCGUUGAUAGUUUGGUGGGCGGUGGUGUCGGCCGCCUGGGCUCUGGCCGGCGCGUGCUCGAGCUCCAUCUCGAAGCGGCCGGCGAGGCCUGCGAGGCCGCAGCGGCCCCAGCCGCAGCCUCAGCCGCAGCCGCGGCUCAACGUCACCUUCCCCACGUUCAAGUGUGCGCCGGACUAUUCGGAAUACUACUGCCUCAACGGUGGCGUGUGUUUCACGGUGGUGAUAUCGGAUAGUCCGAUUUACAACUGCGAGUGCCGGAGUGGUUUCGUGGGGCAGCGGUGCGAGUUCAAGGAUCUGGACGACUCGUACGUGCUGACGAGUCGGCAGCUGAUGAUGGAGACCGCGUCGAUCGCCGGCGGCGCGACCGUGGCCGUGUUCCUGGCGAUUCUAGUCUGCUUCGGCGCGUGGGUGCGGCUGCACCGGCGGUCGAAGGCGCCGCCGUUCUCGGAGGAGCGCGGCCAGGUGCAGCUGGUGGCGGUGGCGGCGCCGCAGGGCCGCGUGCAGCUCUGCAAGGCGCCGCCCGCCACCCUCCACUAG